UUGUCAGCAACAGUUGCUGUUUGCCGAGUUGGUCGCUUUGACAGUUUAGUUUGUGUGUUUUUAUCUUUCUGACGCGUCUUUUUGUUUCUAACGCGAUGUUUUAACUUUAUAAACUUCUCUUUUCCGUCGUCACUUCCGUCUUUCACCGAGUUUUAACGGUCCAGCAGCUCCUCGGUCCCGUAUGAUGCCGGAGCGGGAAGUUUGAAAGCGGCUAGCUGAAGUUAGCACGUCGACUAACAGCUCUCUGACAGCCCACAACACCUUUAGUUAAAAGUUAAUUAAAGUAUUAAUAAGUACAUGGAUCAGUAUGUCGUCCCGGCUGGCCUCCAGCUCAGAAAGACAGCGGGGUUCAUCCGGUGAAACCAGUCCGGAUCAGUCCUCCUGCAGCUCGGACACCGGGGACGUUUUGAUCCGGUCCACUCGGGUUCUUCCUCUGGAUCGGGGACAUGAAGGUAAACCGGGACCGGGAUCCGGAUCUGUCCACAUAACCGUCCAGAAACUGCGGGACCCGCUCGUCCAGCCUCCUCUGUCCGAGCAGCAGCAGCGGAGCUCCGGGUCGGAGAAGCGGCAGCAGCGGCUAAAGCCCCGACAGAAGCCGGAGAAUGCUCCUCCUCUGCGGGUAGUGGGACACGGUCAGACCGACGGACUGAGGAAACCUGGACUGACCAAGGAGAACAGAGAGCCCAGAAGAAGACAGCGUCCAGCAGCAGAGUCCAGUCCAGACAGGAAGCUCUCAGCUGGGACACACAGCGACCAGCAGCCUGGUGACGACCUUCUGACGUCCCGUUUUGCUGCUGGAGGUCGUGGAGUCGUCCUCGCCGCUCUGAAACAACGGUCUCACAGCGCCCCCCACAGGAGGGAGGUCAGAGUGCAGCUGUUGGACCCAGAGCCCCUCAGGACCAGCUCCCAGGAUGCUCCUGCUCCCAGCACCAGCUCCAAGGAUGCAGUGGGUGUGGCGGGGGUCCAGAUGGAGGAGGGGCUGUCCUCUGGUUGCCUUAGAGAUGCCACCAAAGCGGCAGCAGCUGCUGCAGCUGCAGCUGUAGCUGCUGCUGCUCCUCUCAUCAAGGCUCAGUCAGAUAUGGAGGCUCGAGUGUGUCACCUGGCUGAAGGAGUUCAGAGGCUGCUGCAGGCCGACAGGGAUGGUGGAGACAGGGGGCGGAGCCUGAGCCAGCAGACGCUGCAUUACCUGGAGACGCUGCACAGUCAGCAGCUGCAGCAGCAGAGCCAGCUGCUGGAGUCAGCCCUCAGGAUGAUGACAGGCCACGCCCCUGCGACCCGUGACCUCACAGCUUCGGGUCAGUCACCCUGUCUGCAGGUCACUCAUCUGGACACUGCAGCAGACGUCCUCAGCAACCAGCAGCAAAGCUCCUCGGCAACCAGAGCUGCUGCCGCCGCUGUGGAGACUGGCCCAGUUGCUAUGGCAACACCUUACCAUGACCGAUGGCCAGAGCAAACCAGAGAUGACUGGUAUCGCAGAGGAGCUCCCAGUGUUUCCACAGCAACCCAGCCAGCUGCAGGAAGUCAUCCGCAGUCCUCGACCAGUCACAGUCAGGCGGCAGCGAGGAGAGCCAAUGAGACGCUGAGGGAGAUGGGACGUUUGAAGGCUGAGAUGAAGAUGCUGCUUACGCCAGAAGACUCUCUGAUAACCAUUAGACCUGGACCAGACCACCACCAGGCCCAACAAAAUCUGCUUCAGUCCCAAGAAUCACACUCCAAUCCAAACCAUUUACGAUCCCAGUCCCAACAAUCCAAGUCCCAGUCCAAACAAUCCAAGUCCCAGUCCCAACAAUCCAAGUCCCAGUCCCAACGAUCCCACUCCCAGUCAGAACAAUCUCAUUCCUUGUCCCAACAAUCCAAAUCCCAAGAAAACCUGCUCCAGUCCCAACAAUCCCACCACCAUCCAAACCAUUUACAGUCCUCACAAUCCCAGUCCCAACAAUCCAAAUCCCAAGAAAACCUCCUUCAGUCCCAACAAUCCAAAUCCCAUCAAAACCACUUACAAUCCUCACAAUCCCAGUCCCAAAGAUCUCAUUCCCAGUUGCAACAGUCCCAGUCUCAAGAAUCUCAUUCCCAAUACCAACAAUCCAGAUCCCUACAAAACCUGCUUCAGUCCCAACAAAACCACUUAGAAUCCUCAGCCCAUCAAUCUCAUUCUCAGUACCAACAAUCCAGAUCCCAACAAUCUCAUGCCCCAUGCCAGCAAACCGAGCUCCAACAAAACCAGUCUCAAUUCCAACAAGUCCAGUCCCAACAAAGUCCGACCCAUCAAACCCAGCCCCAGUUGUCCCAGCAGUCCCAGUCUGUGGUGGUCCAGAGGAGGCCUGUGGUCCCGUCCAUGUUCGAGGAGGCGGGUCUGGUUCUCCGUCAGGUUCGGCGACAGAAGAAGGUUUUGGAGGAGAACCUGGAGGCUCUGCUGAGAGCCAAAACUGGGGAGGUCCUGAACUGCCAACUGGAGGCAAUGGCUGCUAACAGAGACUGGACAGAAGAGGUUCGGAUUAAGAAGACAGUGGACGCCUGGAUCAGCACUUUAACCAAGGACAUCCAGGCUGAGAUGUCCUCAGAGGAUGCUGCACUGACAUCACAGCAGGGGGCUGCAGGGAGCUCCACCCACACAGGUAGGGGGAGGCCAGUGAGCGCGCCCAAAGGAACAGGAAGUAAGAAUGUGGCGGGGAGAGGAAGCAGAGGACAGACAUCUGGACACAGAGCGCUGCAGGGGGCGAAGCCUGACAGAGCCACAGAUAGGCUGGUGGAGAGUGACAGGGAAUCGUACCUGACUCGUCUGUACGGCAGAGCUCCGUAUGAAGGUCUGAGACGAACCCUGAAGAAGAGUCCCUACCUGCGCUUCAGCUCACCUGCCUCGCCGCUCGGCAGGAAGCCACACCCCCGGCUGGUGGAGAGCGUCACAGGUGUGAAGGUGAAGUCCUGUAAAACUCAGACAUGUUUGGCUCCUCCCAUCACUCCGUCACCUGCACGACCUCAGCAUCAUGACAUCAUCAGGGCCUCCCGCCUGACCUCUGGUGACCCCACUGACCUUUCAGUGAUUCCUGCUGACACUUUCUCCGUUCCCAUGGCGAUCCCUCUGGGUCGUCCCAGGAUCGACUCCUCUUCCAGGUGUCUCACUGAGCGUCGACAGGAAGUGACAUCACCACCUGCAGCUCUUCCAGAGUCUAGCAUGGUUGCUGUGGACGAAGGAGCACCUGAGCUCCAGUCUCAGGAGGAGCAACAGGAUGCAGGUGAAGUUCCUCCUCCUCCUCCUCCUCCUCCUCCUGCUGACAUCAUCGAGAAGAAGAGUGAAGAAGAGGAGAAUGAAGAGGACGUUUUCCCUGGAACUGACUUUCUGUCUGUUGCUGACAUUGCCCAGCAGGAGGAGGUGAGUGUUGUGGGUGAGGAGGCGCUGGAGUUGGACGGAGGUCCGUCUCCCCCUCCGGUCCUGUAUCAGGGUCCAGUCUUCCCUCCACAGGCGCCCCCUGCCCUCCCUGCCCAGGAUCAAGGCUCCAUCCCGGGCCUCAACCCGCAGACAGACGCCCUGGAGAACCGUCUGGUGGAAUGGGUGGAGCAGCAGCUCAUGUCCAGGAUGAUCUCAGAGAUGUACCGCCCCCCUCUCUCUGACCCCGCCCAGAACGACUCCACAGACCAAUCAGAGUCCAGGGAGCAGAGCGUCACCUCAGAUAUCGUGGAGGCAGCAGGAGGUGGAGGUCUGCAGCUGUUUGUGGACUCCAACAUGUCGGUGGACUCGGCUCUGAUCCGUCAGCUGGUCAGUGAGGUUCUGGCAGAACACGUGGCCCUGAUGCUGGGACAGAGAGACUCCAUAGAACCAGGACCAGAGCUGGAACCAGAACCAGGGCCAGGAUCACAUCAGGAGGACAAACCAGUACCACUGGUCCCUACACCAGUACCAACGCCUCCACCCAGCCCCACACCUUCCAGCAGGGAGACACCAAUCCUGACCACACCCCCUCCAUCUGAACCAACCAGCCUGCUGAAUGAGGAGCCAAUCACAGCUCCAGAGCCUGUAGCCACGCCGACCUCCAGCCCUGAGCCCGCCCCCUCAGCAGGAAGUCCUCCUGCUCCCCAUCAAGCCCCGCCUUCUCUGACCUGGGGCAACGCUGAGCUGCCAUUGGACGAGGAGAGACCUGAGGAGCACCUGGAUACACGCCCGCAGCCUCUGGUGAUGUCAGUAGCACAGGAGGAGCCUCCUCUCUCCUCCCCUUCUCUUCCCUCCAUCCCUCCUGCUCUGUCCCCGUCUCCUCCUCCUCCUCCUCCUCCUCCUGGUCCUGACCCCAGACCAGCGUCCCCCUCCAGCUCCUCAGAGGACUCCAGCACCAGUAGCACCAGUAGCACCAGUACAGUGACAGCAGGGACUGAAGCAGCGCUGAAGCACAUCUCAGAGGGAGAGCUGCUCAUCAGUGUCAACCAGCUGGCUGCCAUGACAGAGGAGGAGGCUGUCUGCAGUUUCUCCAGCUCUCUUCAGGAGCUGCAGGACAUGGACUUUGACCCCCCCAGUGAGGGACAGGUCAGAGGUCACGAACUCCUGCUGAACAAGAUGGAGCAGAGAGUCACACACCCACCCAGAGGAGAGAGGCCACAGCCAGAGGGCGCCUGGGGGAGGGAUCAGGAGGAAGAGGUGAGCGUGGGUGAGGUGAGAGACGACUGGACCACAAAACCUCACAGGACUGCAAAUACCAAGAGCUACAGCAAGAGUACAGCAGGCCAACGGGAUCAAACCUCACCUGGACAGAUCAGUCAGUGUGCAGAUGUGUCAGAGGGCAGUUUAGGAGCAACCAAUCAGGACUCGGUUGCCAUGGGUGACCUGACGAUGGAGCCAGUUGGUACGCUGACCUCUGACCUCCAGACUGACCUGACACUGUCUCCUCCUCCACACCUGGAGGACACACACACAGCGGGACAGGUUGUUGCUGUCAGACCAAUCCACAGACAAACAGCCGAGCAGCAGCAGGGAGGAGGCGGGAGGGUGGACGUUCACCUGCCCUCCAUUACACCACAGGAGGAAGAAGAGGAAGAGGAGGAGGAGGAGGUAAUGGAGGAGGUCAGUGCAGCUGCAGACACAGAGUCCUCCUCUGAUGAUGUUUUCUAGGAAGAAAAGACAAAUAUCAUCAUCAUCAUCUUUAUUCUAACAGGCUGAUGAUUUGAGGAUGUCACACUUUGCUUUAAUAAAAAACACUGUCAGACUGUAAAUACAUGUUUUUAAUAAACUUUUACUUUGAAAUCUC